AUGCCAUACAAGGAGCGGCUGAAGGCACUUGGUCUAUGCUUCACAGCAGACUCGGCGCUGGUGCUGCUGAACUACGAGUACCAGCUGGCUUGCCUGCCCCGGGCUCCGCCAGCACACAGGGACAGAGCUGGUCUGAGCUCCAAGCAGGCUGCAGAAGAGCCCUGCGGCAGGUACCGUGGUCCGCCCGGCUCCUCGGGCCUGCGCUGGGGGCAGUUGUCUGAGGGGGGCUGUCUAGAGGCGGGCAGGGGGCAGAUGUCGGGCCUCUGCUGUGGGACAGGGGUGCGGGCAGUGCGAGCUGUGGGGCUGCUGGUGUGUAACGGGGAGAGCGUGACGCCAGGACAGAGUCCAGCGACUUCCCUCAUGGACAGGACCAUCAAGAUGAGGCAAGAGGCUGAAGCCCGGAGAGUGGCCUUGGCCUGGGGACUCCUUAAUAUGUCUAUGGCAGGCAUGAUAUAUACUGCAAUGAGUGGAAGACUCAUCAGCUGCCAUUGCAACAUCCCAUACGGGCCACUCUCUUGUAUUGGACUUGCACUUGCAUCUGUGUUCAGCGUGAACGCCCUGUUGGAUUUCUGGAGGUACUGCAAGUACACAGGGACACCGAGGAGCUGGGCCCCGAGUCCCGGCCAGCAGCCCCUGCUGGGCUGGCAGAGUGCAGCCGUACAAACAGCUCCACCCACUGUGCUGGCAGCAAAGACAGUCCCGUCUGCGACGCCUUCUGCUCCCAUCCAGGGUCAGACGGUGCUGAGUUACAGCCCGUCCCGCUCCCCCAGAGCCAGCCCAAGGUUUCCCCCUGCUUAUCUCUCGGGGUACAGGCCUCAGCUACAGGCUGCCUCAAGCAGCAGCCCCUCCUUCGGCAGAGCUGUAACUCGCUCACCCAGCAGCAGCUACAAGGUUUACGGCUUCAGCCCCUCUUCCAGUGGAUCCGUGUACACCAACAGUAUUGGAAGAGUGCAAAGGAUCAGGCUGAAGCCUUGUCACCACGCUUCACCCUUUCUCUAUCAUGCUCCUACUGCCAAGGAAGACUACAUGACAGACCUCAAGUCACUGCAGACCUUCCUUCAAAAUGAAGAGAAGAAACAACGCAGAGUUCAGCUGGGAAGUUCCGAUUCCAGCUCUCCUUCCAGCAGCCCAACUUCUGGGAACCACAGAUGCUUCACAGCAGACUCGGCGCUGGUGCUGCUGAACUACGAGUACCAGCUGGCUUGCCUGCCCCGGGCUCCGCCAGCACACAGGGACAGAGCUGGUCUGAGCUCCAGGCAGGCUGCAGAAGAGGUAAGUUGGGUGGUCAUGAGGGAGACACAGGCCUCGAAAAUAGACAGCCCUGUACAGAGGUUUGGAUUGGAGCUGUAUCCAAGGGCUGGAACAAGCGGGCCUAGGACAUCUCUCCGCCGGGACGUCUCUCGGGUUGGCAGGUGACGCGGGGCUGUGCCGCUGUCCCGGCGCACAGCUGUCGUAGACCAGAGCUGUCCUAGACCCCCCAGCGUUACCCUCCCUUCGUUGCUCCAUUGAAUUUACUGCUCCCAUCAGGUUGCUCUGCAUAACCUUCGGUUUUGGAGGGGUACCAGACCAGCACGAGGUUUCCACACCUCGGCAGGAGACCAGACUCUAUAAACGUGCGACAACACCGCGUGUUUUCUUACCAAAAUGUAUUUUUGUACCAGAUUCGUAGUGCCAAAUGGCUCGUUUGGUUCCUGUAUUAGACGAGUCCAUUUUCUCCAAGGUGAACUUGGGGAUUUUCCUGUGCUUCAGCGUCGCUGAAUCCAGCGAGGUCCCAAGGAGGGACUGAAGAUGCAGGUUCUUUCUGGGCUUUACCCUCUCACCCCAUGAGCAAAGUUACUCUCACAUGCUGAAGGCUCCUUAAAAGCAGAAAUUUUCAUCUUUCGCCCCAAAAACGGGGUUUCUGCAGAGGAGCCCGUCCCGCAGGGCACCCUUGGGGGCACCCAGGAGCCUGCGUGACCUCCUCCCCGCCUGGCCCAGGUCCCUGAGCAGCCCCAUAAACUGUGCACCCCGAUUAAUGCUGCACCCCAGUCCUCGUGCACCCCGGUCCCUCUGCACCCUGAUGUGCCGUGCACCCCGGUUCCUGUGCACUGCAGUCCCUGCGCACCCCGAUUUACUGUGCCCAAGCCCUGCGCACCCCCAGACUGGGCACACCCCUCUUCCUGUGCACCCCAGAUCCCUGGAAACCCCUAAACGCUGCGCCUUGGUCCCUGUGCACCCUGAUAUACCAUCCAUCUGUUCCCACAGCCCCCAUAGCCCCACGUACCCCAACGGACCAUGCACCCCGCUCCCCACACACCCCUAUAAACCGCACACCCUGCUCCCCAUGCACCCCGAUAUGCUAUGGCCCCCCAUACCCAUGCACCCCACAUCCCUGUGCACCCCGAUACAAUACCCACCUCAUCCUCCUCAUUGCCAUCCCAUGGUCUCCCCCUGCCUCCACCUCCGCCCCCUUCUUUCUCCUUGCCAUUCUGUGCUUUCCUGCUGCCUCUUCCUCCUCAUGCUGUUUGUCUGACACUGCCUCCUUCUCCUGGUUGUCCUGCUCCUCCUGGUCCUACUCCUCUACCUCCUCCUUCUCUUCCUUGUCAUGCCGUUGUAUCCUCCUGCAACCUCUUCCUCCUUCU